UGGUGCAUCCAUCCUCCGGUGUAGUGGAGGCAUUGCUUCCAGCAGAGGAAGGGUGAGGCGGGGAAGCCAGCGAGCCAGGGCCGUGACGUCACGAAACUUUGCCUCGGCGGCUGAGAAAGGAGGGAGGCAGGGAAGGAAGGAAGGAAGGAGAAGGCGGCUGCUGCUGCUGGUGCUGCUGCUGCUGCUGCGUGUGCGUCUCGCUUUGUGGCCAAACUGGAGGCGCUGGAGGCGGCACUUGGGCUCCUUUCUCCCCUCCCGAGCACAUCCAGCAUUAUUUGAAGAAGAAAGCCAGAAAGCCAUGGCAUGCAGUCAGACAUGCUGAAGAGCAAGUGAUUUAUCUCCCAUGAGAGCAAGCUGCUAUUCUGACCCUUGGUGAUAACUUGGUCUCAUCACGAUUUCAUUGCACGGACCAAGUGAUUUCUCAUCAUGAAUCGUGCUUUUAGCAGAAAGAAAGAUAAAACAUGGAUGCACACUCCUGAAGCUUUAUCAAAGCACUAUAUACCCUACAAUGCAAAGUUUCUAGGCAGUACUGAAGUGGAGCAACCGAAAGGCACAGAAAUCGUGAGAGACGCUGUUAGAAAGCUUAAGUUUGCAAGGCAUAUCAAGAAAUCGGAAGGUCAAAAAACACCAAAGGUUGAGUUACAAAUCUCAAUAUAUGGCGUUAAAAUUCUAGAUCCAAAAACAAAGGAAGUCCAGCACAACUGCCAGCUCCAUAGGAUAUCAUUUUGUGCUGAUGACAAAACCGACAAAAGGAUAUUCACUUUCAUAUGCAAAGAUUCUGAAUCAAAUAAGCAUUUGUGCUAUGUCUUUGACAGUGAAAAGUGUGCAGAAGAGAUAACCUUAACUAUUGGUCAAGCAUUUGACCUGGCUUACAGGAAAUUUCUGGAAUCUGGAGGAAAGGAUGUUGAAACAAGAAAACAGAUUGCAGGGUUACAAAAAAGAAUUAAUGAAUUAGAAACAGAAAAUAUGGAGUUAAAAAACAAGGUACAAGAUUUGGAGAACCAAUUAAGAAUAACCCAAAUACACACCUCGCCACUGCUGCACAUAGAGUCUGAUUAUGAAUGCCACAUGUUUCAAAGACCCUCCACCUUUUUCUGGUGUAGCAAUGAGGAUUCCACUCCUUGCUUAGAUAUCUCUUCUAUUACAUUCACCCCUGUGAGCUCUCCUGACUCCAGACAGUCAUCUGGACUAUUAACACCGCCACCUUCCAAAAAUGGUCUUCCAAAGCCAGUCCAUGAACACAUCAUCCCAAGACCUCGUGCAGGCAGUGUGACACCUAAAUCACCCUCCACUGACAUCUUUGAUAUGGUUCCCUUUUCUCCCAUAUCCCCUCAGUCAUCAACACCUACUCGCAAUGGCACACAGCCUCCUCCAGUGCCAAGUAGAUCUGCAGAGAUCAAGAGAGACCUUUUUGGAGCAGAACCUUUUGACCCUUUUAGCUGUGGAGCAGGAGAUUUCCCUCCAGACAUUCAGUCCAAACUAGAUGAGAUGCAGCGUCAACGAUGGAGGGGUUCAAAAUGGGACUGACACUAGAAGGCACAGUAUUUUGUCUGGAUCCUCUAGACAGCCGGUGUUGAUGCCAAGAAGAAAAAUGAAAAUAAUCAUUUUUUAAAAAAAGUUUUUAAAAUGUAUUACAAACAUUAUAAAUGUGCCAAAAAGUUUUUCAACAUCUUACCUUUUGUGAGGUUUGCUUCUGUAAAACUCCAAAUAGGCUUCAGUAUUAUCCCUGUACAAAUGUAAAAAAGAAAAAGUCUCACAUGUAUAUGAAACCAAAA